AUGAGCGAGCCCCGAGGAAUCGAGAUCGAGGAUCUCACCGUCCUGUGGACGGAUCUCGCCCUCUCCGACGACGAGGAGAGGGCCCCGGCCGCCCCGCCGCCGUCGACGUCGCCACCACCAGCGACGCCACCGCCGACGUCGCCACCACCAGCGACGCCACCGCCGACGUCACCGCCAACGUCACCGCCGACGUCACUGCCGACGUCACCGCCGCUACCACCAGCGAGCACACCGCCGCCGUCGCCGAGGCCACCGAACCCCCAAGUUCCGGCAAGGGGGACCCGGAUACAGCGGUCCGACACGACGCAGCGCCGUAAAGCGAUUAUCCUUACGGCUCCGCUGCCCCCACCACCCGGGCGCCGAGGACGCCAGCCAAAGACGCUGGCAGCAGCAGCGACGACAAGGGCUACCACCCGCCCCACACGGCCGCCGACGACUCCGCCGCCGCAACGACCGCCGCCGCCGCAACGACCGCCGCCGCAGCAACGGCCACCGCCGCAACGACCGCCGCCGCAGCAACGACCACCGCCGCAACGGCCGCCGCCACCGCCACAACGAUCAUCAGUGGAGGACUAUAAAAUAACGCAAGAAAUCAAGAGACAUGCAGUUAUCGUCGCUAUAUGCGCGAAACACGCCGAUUUAGAAAUCUCCAAUUUUCUCAAUUGCGCCCGAUCAUUCGUACAUAAGAGGACCGUUUAUGUCGGCACAAACUCGGGAACAGAGACUUAUCCGAGGUCAAAACGUCUUUUGAACAAGCUUAAGCACCCUGAAGUUCUUAACAUGUGGUUUUUUUAA